AUGUCUGCCACGAACGAACCGGACACUGCCAGCCCUGUAGCAUCGAUCAGUUCAAUCGAUGAGCUGAGUACCAUCCCAGUCGGUUUGGAAGGGGAGGAUCUAUCCAAAUCGACCGGGCGUGCGGUAACUGAAAAGGCAUUCAAUGCAAUCAAGGAAUACUUGCAGUGCGAAUUGGAAGGUGAGGUUUUGGCAUCUCGAUAA